UCUUCAACCACGGGUCAUCGGGUUCAGGAAGUGACAUCAGCAUCUCGCACCCUGACAGCAGCGGUCAGAGUCGGAGCCUGAUGGACGACUUCCACGGCAGGACUACUGGCAGGGAGGGGCCUCAGGACGGCUCACCAGGACCCCCCACCCUGUCGCUAGGAGUGGAGAGGGAAAGGCCUGGAGGGGGUGAAGGGGUGAGAGAUGCAGAGCGAGUGUCGCCCAGCCCCCUGCCCCGCUGCUCCUCGACAGACACCGCCAGCGAGCACUCGGCCGACCUGGAGGUAGUCGGCGACACGCACGCCCCUACGCAGAUGUCCGCACAUACGCCAUCCAGUCUCCCUGAUGCACUGUCAGACGCCCUGGCCAAAGGGCUGAAGAAUCAGCGUGUCCUCGCCCGCCAGCUCAGGAGAAGAAGUGACGAGGAAGGGGGAGGCGAAAGGAUGGAUGAAGGGGGGAGUUCAGACCUGGUGUUCCGGGCUGGGGUGGUCCGUAAGGUCAGCGGUGAAUUUGGAAGCCUGGAGGUGCAACUGAAUGGGGAGAAGACGCUGUGUCGUUACCCGUACCGACACGACAGCCCCCCAGGGGUGGUAGACAUUAUUCUAGAUGCCCCGCCGCCUGGUGUACACCCCAUACCUAUUGGGACCCGUGUCUGCGUACCGUACGGCAAUGAGGAGUGCAGCGAGGGCCAGUGGCAGUGGUACCGAGAAGGUGUGGUGACCCAGGUAGACACACACCCUGCAGUGGCCAACCGCUACCGUGUCCUGCUGUCAGAGGAAAGACCCCACUCUGUGGACGAGGAGGAAGAAGGCAGAGGGGCAGCUGGUGCUACCCAGGCGGUGUGGGUCUCCCGACAAACACUCCGGCUUCUGGUGCCACCCUGGGACCUGGAUUUGCCAUCUGGAGGAGGACGAGAGGGAGAAGACGGAGUCAGAGAGAAGGAAAGGGAGCGGGAGGACAGGGAGGAGAUGGAUGUGGAGCAGGAGGUGUGUCGUUUGAGCCGGGGGAUGGCCCCAGGAGUGGGGUCGGUGCUGGGGAGAGGAAUUCCUUACCCAACCAUGGUCCCUGUUUCCUCCACACCUGGCCACAGUAUUACCUCCCCAGUUACUCCUGCAUCAGUCCUCAGCCUGGCUCCUGGCCGAGAGUGGGAAAUCGAGAAAGACUUUGAGAGGGAGAGGGACCUCCAGAGAAAACAGGAAAGAGAGAGGGAACGAGAGCGAGAAAGGGAGAACAGCGUAAAACAGCAGCAGCAACAGCAGCAACAUCACCCGUACAUGCCACUUACCCCCGAAGAAGACAUGGAGGUGUCCCAUUUUAACAUGGUCCCAGUGGGGGCGAUCAUACCUGGGGCCAAACCAAUGGCAGUUCCCCAACACCGCCACAUCGUCUCUAAGCCCCCGCCUGGCUACCUCAAUCCCCACCUGUCUGUGGUGCGGGGCAUCGGGAUGCCCCCCACCCACCUGGCCUUGAACCCCCACCCCCCUCCUUCACCUGUCCUGUUAGGCCUUGACCCAGCAACCGCAGCAGCUGCAGCAGCUGGUGCUGUCAUUACCACCCCGCAGCUCCCUCCCCUCCCUCCCAUCUCCUCUUCCACCGCGUCCUCCUCCAGAGUAGAGAAGGCCUCAGGAGGAGGAGGUUCUUCCAGUGGAGGAGCAGGUGGCGGCGGUGGAUCUGGAUCAGGUUCGACCUCCUCCUCCUCCUCACGUUCCCGCACCCCGCUGACAGCUGCCCAGCAAAAGUACAAGAAGGGAGACGUGGUGUGUACGCCAACAGGCAUCCGCAAGAAGUUCAAUGGGAAGCAGUGGAGGAGACUGUGCUCCCGGGAGGGCUGCUCCAAAGAGUCUCAGCGCCGCGGAUACUGCUCCAGACACCUCUCAAUGAGGACCAAGGAGAUGGAAGCCAGUGGAGGCGGCCGGGAGAGGGGUGGAGCCAGCAGCACAGGGACCCUGACGCCGUCUGACCUCCGCCUGGGCGGUGGGAGGGCCAGCUCAGAGUUCGACUGGGACGAGACAUCGCGGGAAAGCAGCGAGGCCAGCAGCCGUGGAGGAGACUCCCGUCCCCGCCUCGUCCUUCCCUCUCUGCUCCCCCAGGACCUCUCUCGUUUCGACUUUGAUGAGUGUGAGGCAGCGACCAUGUUGGUCUCCCUGGGGGGCUCCCGCUCAGGCACACCCUCAUUCUCCCCCAUCUCCAACCAGUCGCCCUUCUCCCCCACUCCAUCGCCCUCACCCUCCCCGCUCUUUGGCUUUCGCCCUGCCAACUUCAGCCCCAUUACUGCCCCUGCCUCACUUACUCCACGCCGCAACCGCCAGCUUAGCGGCACUAAGAUGGGCACGCCGGGUGCCGAGCGAGAACGCCACCUCUCUGGGAUCGUGCCCACUUUCCAGACCAACCUCACUUUUACAGUUCCCAUGAGCCCCAGCAAGAGAAAGCUCGACUCCCACCCGCCUCCUCCACUGCCGACGGUCCAGGACUACCAGACCAAACCUGAGCAACAACAGCUAGUGGGCAUCGGGGGAGGAGUGGUGGGAGAGCCGACGCUGGGCCACAGCCCUGCCGCCUUCAGAGUCCUCUCCCCCCAGAGUCAGCCGACAACUCCCUCCUCUCUCUCCUUCAACCGGCCCCGUAGCGCCACCAGCAGGCCACCAUCCUCCGCUGCCUCCACGCCUCCACCCAUGCUGGUCUCUCCCACUCCUCCCUCUCCGCUGCCCCAGGAACCUUCACCACGCCGCAUUGUUCCACUCCGCGAUUCCCCAGUCAUCGUCCGCAACCCAGAUGUCCCCCUGGCCAAGUUCUCUGAUGGCCCAUUAGGGAGGAGAGAUAGAAGCAGGUCUCGGGAGCACAGCCAACCCCAACAUGCAGCUCUCCCAGGCCUGCAGGCCCCCGUCCCCAUCAACGGGGCCACCACCAACGGUGCGGUUCUCCUGCGCAACCCCACAUCCACACUCGUCCUGGUCACCUCCAGCUCGUCCCUGACUCCAGCCACAGCAGGCCACACCUCCCUCUCCAGCCCCUCCACCCCGGGGUCAAUGUCCACUUCGUCGGGCUCGGUCCUGUCCUCCUCCGGUUCUGGAGGCAGGGAGAGGGAGAGGAAACCCGAGGGACACCAGGACGCCACUGGAGGGGCGCUGCCACAGCCGGUAGCCUGUCACCCCACUCCGACUGCCCUGCUGCCGCUCAUACUGCCAGCUGAGUCGCCUCACCCUGCUCCACGCAAGCAAAUCAUCAUGGGACGCCCAGGGACUGUUUGGACCAACGUGGAGCCUCGGUCGGUGCCAGUGUUCCCUUGGCAUUCACUCGUCCCUUUCCUGGAGCCCAGCCAAUCAGGAGCGGCUGCCCAGCCUGCUGAUGGCCAACAGCUUGUCAAUCAGAGCAAAGAACCUCGUUGUGGUGUCGCCCUGGUGAGUGACGGUCGCACCGGCCCUCCAGACCUAGAGAGGGGAUCGCCGUCAUGCCCUCCCCCAACCAACGACAAUCCUCCUACAGACAGGGGCGGGGCUGACAGCGAGACAGAGAGUGAUACAGAUGACCCGUUCUCCCCGGGUGUGGCCAACGAUCCAGCGCCCUCCACUGGCCCUAUCAAGAGACGCACGCAGUCCCUCAGCGCCCUGCCCAAGGACGGCGACAGGAAGAGGGAGAAGGACCACAUCCGCCGUCCCAUGAAUGCAUUCAUGAUCUUCAGUAAACGCCACCGGGCCCUGGUGCACCAGCGACACCCCAACCAGGACAACCGGACAGUCAGCAAGAUCCUGGGGGAGUGGUGGUAUGCUCUGGGGCCCAAUGAGAAGCAGCAGUACCACGAUCUGGCCUUCCAGGUGAAGGAGGCCCACUUCAGAGCCCAUCCGGACUGGAAGUGGUGCAACAAGGACCGCAGGAAGUCACUGUCGGAGGGCCGCGGAACCCCAAAGGAGCCGCGGGAGAGGAGCAUGUCAGAGAGCAUAGAUCCCCUCUCAGAGUCCCAGACGAUGGAAGGGAAAGGAGGAGGCUCGGGCUGGCCAGGGGGAUCAGAGCGUCGAGGGGGGCUGUUUGUGGGGCAGCACCCCCGUCCCAGAGCCUUUUCCCAGAGCGCCGUGCACACCCUGGAGCAGAGGGAGAGAGAGAGAGACCUGGAGAAGGAUGACGGGGCGAGUUUGUUUCGCAACCGGCCCCCACCUCAGUCCCUCUACCAGGGUGGGGCCAGUGAGGACAUGACCAGUGAUGAAGAGCGCAUGGUCAUCUGUGAGGAAGAGGGGGACGAUGAUGUCAUGGAGGAUUCAUGUCCCGAAGGCUCCAUCGACCUCAAGUGUAAAGAGAGAGUUACGGACAGUGAUGAGGAUGAACCAGAUGGACAGCAUGGCUUCCAGCCAGUGUCCCGCUCCUCUCUCCCCUCCUCCUCUCCCUCCAUCCCUCACUCCGACUCCACCUCAUCUAAAGGGAACGGAGCGGGAGGAGGAGGAGGAGGAGGAGGAGGAGGCGGUGGCGGAGGAGGAGGAGGAGGUGCAGAAGAUGAGUCUGAAAGAAAGAGAAAGAGAGGCACAGACGGAGGAGACGAGGGGAGCGAGGGAGGACCUAAGAGAGAAGAAACAGCAGCCGGUGGAGGAGAAGGUGGUGAUGGAGGAGGUGGAGGUGGGCAGGGUUUCUCCUCUCUGUCCAUCACAGGCUCCACAUCCAGCACCCAGGCUCCCCUCACUGUGGCCCAGCAGGGUCUGCCCCAGGUCCUCGGCGCCGUCCGCAUGGCCCCCACUGUGGUGACCAACGUGGUACGACCCAUCGCCAGCACACCCAUCCCCAUCACCAGCAAGCCAGUGGAGGGCGCCGUCACCCUCAGCUCCUUACCCCAGGACAAGAAAGCCACUAUCCUGAUUGGAGGAGGCGGACCUCAACAGCUGCCAAUCACCGCAGGGGGUGGGUACCAGUCCUCAUCAUCCUCUCCUGGUCCAGUCAGUGUAACCCCUGUGGGGGGGGGCAGCAGCCUGGUCACUAGCCUAGUUCUGGGAGGGUCCUUCCCUGCCGCCCAGCCAGUUCAGCUCCUCACCCCGCAACCCCCACAGCCGCACACACAACCCCCCCUCCCCGUCCUCCAGCCCCAGCUCCACCACACUGCCGCCAUCUCCUCCCUCACACCUCCCUCUGGCUCCAAGCCGCUAGCGCAGGUCCAGUAUAUCCUGCCCGCCGAGAGUCCCUCCUCGUCCCCUCAACUCACCCACCAGCAAAUCCUCUCCCUGCCCGCCAAUGCCGCCCUGGCCAAUGGCGUGCACUCGGGGGCGGGAAUCAGAGUCAGCCCCGGGACCAGAGUCCAAACCCAGUCGCCCGUCUUGCAGAGCAAGAUGUUGGUUCCCAUGGCAACAGUGAGAACAGGGUCUACUCCUCCUCAUCCUUCCAUUUCCCUGGUGGCUCCGCCUCUUCCUGUGCAGAACGGCCCCGCGACAGGAAACAAGAUCAUCCAGAUCGCUCCCAUGCCUGUGGUCCAGACCAACGUUCACCCUAGCGGCGCAGCAACAGUACAUCCCGGGAGCCCCUUUCCUGUUUCCGUGGCAACGGUGAUGGCUCCCGGUGCUGCACCCCCGCAGACCGUUCUCCUGACCUCCCCGCCCACCAGGAUCACCUAUGUCCAGUCUGGCCCGGGAGUUACCACAGCAACGCCCCAACAAGCCACACCUGCUCCAGGCCCCGCAUAUCUCCCAUCACCUCUGGCAACUCUGGGCUUCACCGCCAUCGCCCCGGGCGGGCAAACCCUGGUUCAGCCGAUCGUCGGUCAGUCGCCGCUGCUGGCUCCAGCCCCACCCCUGAGCUGUCAAUCACAGACUCCCCCGGGCCAGGCCGCAGCAACCGCUGGUCGUCAGGUACUAACUGCCAUCUACCCUGCACCGACGGUUACCGGCGUUGUCUCUGUAACAACCAUGCCGCCUGCAGUGGGGGCUUCGGCCCAAGACGUCAUGAACCCCUCCUCUCCACUGGCGACAGGGGUGGCGACCCCUCAGCCUAGCGUGGGAGCGGAGGUGGAGCUGAAGGUGGAGGUGAAGAGGGAGAGUCAGCUGGACGCUCAGUUCGAGGAUGGAGGGCAGGGGAUGUCAGCAGCCACCUGUACGAGCACUGCCGCAACAGUAAAAAAAGAGGAGAUAGACAUCGUUCGGUCUGCACAUCAAAGAGGAAAAUGUGAGAGAUGGAUACGGCAGGGAGAAACGAAGUGAGAUGGAUACAGAGCGUGAGAGAGGGAUGAAGGAGAGCAGCGAAAAGAAGAGAGGCAGAGAGACGGACAGAGAGGACCACAGCAUGGGCGACAGCAGCAAAGAGGCUGGUCCUCGUUCGCCUCCUCCACCACCCUCAGGUUUGGAUCCCCCUCCCCCUCCCCCGACAGAAAGAGAGCCUCCCUCUUCCUCGAAGAAAACCAAGUUUCGACCCCCGCCGCUCAAAAAGACACCUGACUCACUUG